CUUAAUGUACUAAGUGGGCAUACACUCAAAUAAAUCUGCUUACAUCAUCUUAGCUUUUGUUUCAUUUUUACAUGGUUGGAAAUCCACAAAUUGAAAGCUAAUAUAUUGAGUUACAUAUUUGCUUUAGAACAAUCUUUAUAUCUCUCUCUCCACCCCAAUAACGGAGCUAUGCAUGGUGACCUUGGAGUUGCCAUUGAAUGUGCAAAUGAUGUAAACCAAAAUCAUUCAUCUAUAUGUUUUCUUAUGUUUUUCACAACUUGUAGCCAUCUCCUCAGUCCAAAACAAACAAAAAUAACCACGUUUCUCCCAAAAUAGCAACCUGAGUAAGUCAAGUACAAACAGCUUGCUUUCUAAUUCAGUCACUGCCCACCUAUUCUUUCUAUUAUUUCUUACAGUCAAAAUCAUCUCAUCUGAGUCAAGCUGACUGAGCAUCACAGAUGUGUUCUGAACACUAGAGUGCCUCCACACUCCUUUCUUGGAGCAGCUUUGGUUACCUUUCUAUAGCAUAGACAUAAAUCACCUACAAUUCUCUGCCUCUGAUUACAUUGUAUUGCCCUGUCUUGGUCACCGGUAAUUGUAUCCUGAGACAAGGUUAGCAGUGAACCUUCCAUUUCAGCCGAUCUCUUCCAACUGUGUUGCAGUUUUCUGCCCUGCAUUGUUCUCUGAAUGACAGCAAUAUUAGGAACCACAUAGCUAAAGCACUGAGAGCAUUUUAGACAGUAAUAUGACCAAAGUGAUAUCCACACGGCUGGCUGCCAGAACCCAAUUUCAACUGGUCCAGUAAAAGAAAACUAGAAGCCUGCAGUCAAAGAAUUUGCUGCUUACUUUAAAUUACUUUGUGAAAUUCAGUUUCACACAGCCCUCAAAUGCACACUGUGUAUUCACCCUUGGUCGAUCAUGGCUUUCAAGACAAAAUCCUGAUAUGACAGCACAAGCUAGCUGCUGCCAGAGCGUUUUUCUUUCUAAGUUCAAAAUCAGACAUGGGAAUCCUGACUCUCUCCAGAUGUUGUUGAACUGAAACAUAUAAUAUUUCUUACCAUUGAUUAUGCUGGUUAGGACUGUUGGGAUUUGCAAUCUAGCAACAUCUGGAAGACUGCAUGAUUCCUACCCUCUACUUAGAAACUUUGUGUUUCCUUGACAGUUCCACAAAUCUUCCUUUUUCAUCUUUAUCAUUGACUACCUAUUUUUUGCCCCUUAGCAACUACCUAUUUUUUGCCUCAGCAUUUUGAUAUAUGCACAAUAGAUUCUGGUCACAUUUGAUCAGCAUUAUUGAGGUGGUAACAAACGUAAUGCAGCCAUUUAAAAUCUCCAUCCUCUCCCUCUUUAUUUGUUUUGAGAGGAGAGUCUCCCAUAUGCAAAGGAAUUUCAUGCAUAGGUUGCUGUGAGUUUUUUGGGCUGUAUGGCCAUGUCCCAAUAGAAUUGCUACUGGAACAUGGCCAUACAGCCCAAAAAACUCAGCAGCCCAUUGAUUCCAGCCAUGAAAGCCUUUGACAAAAUAAUUUUAUGCUGUUUUGGGAAUCCUGUAAAAGUAGAACUACUCAUUACAUGGCAAACAUUUAUUCAGAGUAGAGACUUUCCUUUUCAGACUGUUAUUUUCCACAAGCAGAAUGUGUUGUGUGAAGGAGAAGGUGGGGCUAAUGCACCCCACUUGUUGCACGUUGAUUUUCAAUCAUGUAGCCAUUUCCAGAAAGGGUUUUCAUAUAUUGAUUGAAUUUCCUCAUAUGUGUUCUUCCUACCUUUGCCUUAACAAAUCAUGCUGAUUUAGUCUUCUUGCUUUACAUUUUAUCUCUUACCCAUUGUCCCAAGCUGUUCUUCAUCUAUACUUCACAAUCCUGCUUCUCACUUUAUUGCCCACUGAACUCUUACUAGGAUUUCCUUGCUGCAUAGCUCUUUCUCUGGCCAUUAAAAAGGUUGAAUGGCCUCUGCUGGAAUGAUAGAAAACUGGCAGUUCACCAAUCCACACUCUCUGCCCUCUUGAAUAUUGCAAUCCCUCCUUUAAAUCCUAGAAAUGGAUUUCCAUCUUAUUUAUCCUGGAUUUUAUGCACACGCAAUAAAGACAUAGCAGCACUGCCCAUGUCUGUUUAAGAAAAUGCUUGGGCACCCAGACUGGACUUUAAAAGAAAAUGAAACACCUGUGCUGUGAUAAUUCAAAUGACCUUGAAAUUAUUGAGAUAUUCCAAUAAUAGAAUUUACAGUGCACCAAAGGAGACAUAUUUAUAGAGGGAGGGAUUUCACAUACCCUUAGGCAUAAGGACAGAAAAGCAUUUACCUUCCUAGAAUGUCUGAAAAUAACAAUUUCCUUGUCAGAAGAUGAAUCACACUUGGCAUCCCUGCUUGCACUGCCAAAACCUCUAGGCAAUUAAGGGUAUUGCAUGGAUGGUAAUAAUCAUAAAUUGUGGCCACUACUUUUUCUCUAAGUUGCUUAUGAGCCAGCUUAAUGUGCUGCUCCAAAACAGUGCCAAAGGAAUACAGCCUUACCAAACUGCACUCUUUCUGACACCUAAUACAAACUUAUUUAAAACAAUGGCCCAUUUAGUUUAUAAAUCAUCAUAUGUGUUGCCAUAGCUUUCAAGCUUAAAGCAUUAAAUCAAUUAUUAUUACUGAAUGGAGGAAGAAUAUAACAUUACAGAUUUCUUGACAGAACAUGUAUCAAUGAGAUAUUGAUCUGGGUGUGAUAAAAAUGUGCUGAAUGGACUCAGAAGUGGAAGGAUUAUUACCUCACUUUUGUAAUCUGUGCAAAAAAAUAAGAUACAGACAUGUGAAAGUCAUUGGCACCGUGUUUCCCCGAAAAUAAGACAGUGACUUAUAUUAUUUUUUGCUCCCAAAGAUGUGCUAGGUCUUAUUUUCAGGGGAUGCCUUAUUUUUCCAUGAAGAAUAGUUCACAUUUAUUGUUGAACAAAAAAAUGAACAUUUAUUAUAUGGAGUACAAUAGUUGUCAUCACAAACCAGCAUAACCAGAUAAACUAUGAAUCCUAUCAAGAAUGUCUUGUUACUAUCAUUAUUUCCAUGCACAACACUCUAUGGUAUGUACAUUUACCGAUCCUGCAAGCUCUGGUGUUCUGUUUGGCGGGCAUGCUUCCAAACAAAAACUUUGCUAGGUCUUACUUUCAGGGGAGGCCUUAUAUUUAGCAAUUCAGCAAAACCUCUACUAGGUCUUAUUUUCAGGGGAUGUCUUAUUUUCGGGGAAACAGGGUAAAUCUUGAAUCUUGCUUAUUUGUAAGGUCUCAAACCAGUUCUUAAAAAAACCAAGUGCUAGAGAUGAAAAAAAUCUCUAGUAUGAACCCAGUUGCCCCAGUUAAAGUAGACUGAUUACAGCAAUGUGACUUACCUAAAUGUCUACCAGACAUCAGACUAUCAAUUCCGUGUUCUAGUCUCUUUAUGACUAUCAAUAGAGUUCAGAUCUAAAUCUUGAUAAUACUGAGUUUUCCCCUAACCCACCUUCAUGUUCUUCACAUUUUGGAUUCAUAUUGAUUUGUAAGACUUUGGUAAAAGGAGUUGUGCAUAGGAAUUCCCUCACUAUUUAAAAAACAUAAGUUAUUAACAUGUUCUACCUCUUUUACACUUUCUCCCCAAUGAAAAAAUGGAUUGUAGCAUGUUAUUUUCAGCUGCAUACAUCAAAUGCAUUUACAUUUUGAAACAUUUCUGUGUAUGUCAUUUGUCAAAAACAUGUGAGUCUCAAAAAUUGUGAAGUGUAAUGGUGAGAUAUACUUCUUGCAAUAGUCAGUAUGAAAUGAUUGCUUUCAUCAAUGUCAAAUGCAUCAAUCCCUUCCCCCAAUUUUGAUUUACCAAAAAAAUAGAGAAAAUGUCAAUCUGUUUCCAGAAUAAUGUUUGAAUUAGUAUUCUGUGGGAAUGGGAAAAGAAAUAUAUAUAAACACAAUAUAUAAACACUAGGCUUGAGUGAUCCAUGAAAAAAUUGAUUCUAAACUCGCUUCAAAAGUAGGGGGCGCUAGCGUUUCAUUUCUGAUGUCAUUUCCAAAUUUUGCCUUCAAAAAUUUUGAAAUUUAACAAAAAUUCGUUAAUUUCAAAAGUAAUUCGUUAAUGGCGGAUGUGCAUGCGCAGUGGCCAAAAACAGCACUGGGGGAAAACUUUACAGAACUCUCCCACCCUCAUUUUUUGAGAUAUCUUCUUCAAACUUGGUACAGUGGUAGAACACAUUUAACCCUUAUCCUCUGAUUUUUGGUGAAUUUUCAUAGCUUUUAUAAUAAACCAUUUUUUAAUAAUUGAAGAAAUCUGUUCCUGGUUUGAAAGUCUUAUUUCCUGUUUCAUUGGGUUUCUUUACUGUGAAAGUCAUUGUUCUACUUCAGAAACUUUGUUUUUGUGGCUGAAACUUUGUUAAAUUGGUGGACUCAGGAAAACAUAAUGUGUUCCAUGUCGCUUGCACAAAGACAAAGUUCAGGCAGUGUCAUAGAUUUUGCCAUGUUUCUAUGACAGAACCAAUUAGGAAAUGACAUUUAUCACCCAGGAACAGAAAUCAUAGUACACCAUCAAAUCAUUCCUGACAGAUGGCCAUCAGCCUCUGAAUAAAGAAAUCAGUUCCUGGUUAGAAAGUGCUAUUUCCUGUUUCAUUGGCUUUUCUGGGGCUGAGAGUGUGUGACUUGCCCAAAUGAGUGGCUGAGUGGAGAAUCAAGCCACAAUCGGAAUCCAACACUCAAACCUCCCCUCCCUCCCUCCCUCUCUCCCUCCCUCUCUCUCUCUCUAAACUUCUCAUACCUUCCAAUAAUUCACAUACCGUAUGAAAGUUUGGUCAAGAUGGUCAGAGGAGGGCAACUAAAAUGAUCUAGGGUCUGGAGAACAAGCCCUAUGAGGAGCGGCUUAAAGAAAUGGGCAUGUUUAGCCUGCAGAAAAGAAGGCUGAGAGGAAACAUGAUGUAUAAAUAUGUGAGGGGAAGUCAUAGAGAGGAGGGAGCAAGCUUGUUUUCUGCUGACCUGCAGACUAGGACACAAUGGAACAAUGGCUUCAAACUACAGGAAAGGAGAUUUCACCUGAACAUUAGGAAGAACUUCCUCACUGUGAGCUGUUCAGCUGUGGAACUCUCUGCCCUGGACUGUGGUGGAGGCUCCUUCUUUGGAGGCUUUUAAGCAGAGGCUGAAUGGCCAUCUGUUGGGGGUGCUUUGAAUGAGAUUUCCUGCUUCUUGGCAGAAUGGGGUUGGACUGGAUGGCCCACGAGGUCUCUUCCAACUCUGCUGUUCAAUGACUAUAUAAUUCUAAGUGAGGGCAAAAGGGGGUGGGGAAUGUUAAGAGGAGAGAGGGCCUGAGAAAUCUGGAAAUUGUAGUUUUAAAGUGGGCAUAGUACUAUUGGAGAACCGUCUGCUUCAGCCCAAUGCUUUUAUAAAUGGUGAAAAUUCAGAGGCUUUGUUCUCCUGCGUUUUGAAAGCUAUUGUGACGAAAUUUGCCAGAAUGGAAGCAAAAAUUAACCACUCUUUGCCUAUCAAGUUUCAUAAUGUUUGACCCAUCCACUGAUUUUUGGGGAAUUUUGAAACAACAUUUUUUAAAAAUGCUAGUAGAACGAUGGCCCCGCCUCUCUGUCCCUCUUCCUUUCGCUCUGAUUGGCUUACUGCAAGGCUUCUGGGAAAUUGAGGUUUUUUUGUUGGCAAUGGCGACUUGCUUCACUUCCACUUAAAUAAAUGGUGAAAGUUCAGAGACUUCGUUCUCCUGCAUUUUGAAAGCUAUUGUGAUGAAAUUUGCCAGAAUGGAAGCAAAAAUUAACCACUCUUUGCCUAUCAAGUUUUAUAAUGUUUGAUCCAUCCACUGAUUUUUGGGGAAUAUUGAAACAACAUUUUUUAAAAAUGCUAGCAGAACGAUGGCCCCGCCUCUCUGUCCCUCUUCCAUUCGCUCUGAUUGGCUGAGAGGCAUGCCAACAUGGCUUCUCCUCUCAGAGGGGCUACAGCUACAUCCGAAGACAUCAGAAACAGACAAAAAAAGGUACUUUUUGAUUCAAAUUCGUAAUAUUUGGAAGGCAGUGAGCAGAUGUUUCAAAAAUCACUUCAAAAGUGCUUUCGAACCGAAUUUUAAACAAAUUUAACGGACUAACGAAAAAUUUGCUCAACCCUAAUAAACAUUCAUAUAUAAACACAAAAUAUUUGUUACAAACCCAUGGAUUAAACUAGAACUGAAGAUGCUCUGAGAACUGAAGAUGCUCAUUAUUGUUAUCUAUCCUAUGGGCACUCCAUGGAAUGAGUGCUCCUCACAUUAUCGUCACAAGGUUUGUGCAGUGAUUUCUGAGGGAAAAAAAGCUUCCAAAAAACCUGCUUGCCUGUUGGUGGGAUUAAUGUGUGUCUGUCAUGCAAAAUUAUCCAUCUAUCAUAAUCACCUUCAAGUAUCUUAAAUGAUUGCGUUAUUGCAGCCUGCAGCUAUACGUUAUGAAAGUUCGUGGCACAAUUAAUGUUUUAGUCUUUAAGAUGUCAAAGCAUAUCUUGUCCUUUAUAAUUAAGCAGCAGUUAAGACAUUAGACAGUCAGAUCCAAGUGUGACUGAAAUUUGGCAAAUUAAAACCUAUGGAUAACUGCACGAUGCACUUAGAAAAUAAGCCCUGCUGAAGGACUUGCAUAUUAGAGGAUUUUUAUUUUGACCCAAAUCAAUUUCAGAAAUGUAAAUAUCAUUUUUGGGUUUUAUUUGUGGCCUUCAAAUAUUUAGUCUUGAAAACUACAGCUGAGAAGUGUGAUAUGAAGAAAAAAACCUUUGAUUCUCAAUGGGUGAUUGCAUUUGAAGUUUCCAUUCAAUCAACUGGAUCUAGAUGUAUGGUAGAUAUGAUGUAUGGUAGACUUGCAUGUCUGAAAUAUCCUUUAAAAUGUUCCUACAAGUUGGAAGUUAUUUACAAAUAUAAUAUUAACACUAUACAGGCUGUCCCUGAGUUAUAAACAUGUGACUUACAAAUGACUCAUAGUUAAGAAUGGGGAUGAAAAAACAGGAAGUGAGAGUAAUUUAUCCCAAAGAAGGGAAAUUUACUCCUGAAAAAGUCAUCAUGGGGAAAGGGUGUCUCAAGCUCUAUCACCAAGCCUUGUUUCCACAACAAACCAAAUUUUCCAAAAUCCAAUUAUCAGUAUCAAUUUACAUACAAAUUCAUCUUAAAAACAAACCUGCAGAACCUAACUUGGGGACUGCCUGUAGAAAUAUUAAUGCUAUAUAUAAAGGGUAAAGGUUUUCCCCUGACAUUAAGUCCAGUCGUGACCGAUUCUGGGGGUUGAUGCUCAUCUCCAUUUCUAAGCCGAAGAGCCGAUGUUGUCCAUAGACACCUCCAAGGUCAUGUGGCUGGCAUGACUGCAUGGAGCGCCGUUAUCUUCCUGCUGGAGCGGUACCUAUUGAUCUACUCACAUUUGCAUGUUUUCGAACUGCUAGGUUGACAGGAGCUGGGACUAACAAUGGGCGCUCAUUCCGCUCCUGGGAUUUGAACCUGGCACCUUUUGGUUUGCAAGUUCAGCAGCUCAGCGCUUUAAUGCACUGUGCCACCAGGAGCCCUAAAUCCAGAUAUAUACCAUCUGAUUUGUAACUAGGCAGGAAAUCUGAAAUCUGGUCUAGUGUACAGCUGUAGAAUUGACAUAUUACAGUUUCUAAUCUGAUAAACAUACAUUCAUUUUAUCUAAAAUGUAUGUAGUAUUAAUUGAUGCUAUGGAGAACUGUUAACUAUCAGCUAUCAUUGUUCAGUUUCAACUGCUCUGGAGGAUGGCUUCCUAUCUCUUUGGGUGCUGAAUUAUUCCUCACAUUGAUCACAGCCUCCAUCAGUGUAUGUGCCCACAACAUUGCAUAUAUUUUAUACAUGAUAUAUACUGAACUUACCUCCCAAUUUAUGCAGAUUUUUAAAGCAGAGUUUUAACAGAGUUUGUUUCGUAUAUAUAGGUGUGCAUUACUUACAUUAACAAAGACUUCUUUUUGUCCCUCAAAACCUGCAUAGUAAGGUCUGAGGAGUUUUGUAACAUGUGCAGUAGUUGUGUAUGUAUGUGGCAAUCCUAAAAGAAAGUGGGAAAGAGGAAGAGACUGAGGACCCUUUCAUACCAUGUUAAGUAGCUAUCUGAUGAGUUCAAUUCCAUCCUGUUUUAUUUGUUGUUAUUUUGAGAAUUAGAUGGUAUUGCUACACAAAUUAUUCUGCUUACUUCCCUUAUUUUUCUCUAUUACUUUAUUAUUAUUAUUAUUAUUAGUAGUAGUAGUAGUAGUAGUAGUAGUAUUUGCAUCCCAUUUUUCUUCCUCAAAUAUUUCUUGUCAGCAAAUAUUUUGGCUUCUCAUUUGCAAUUUAUUUUAAUUAUAAAAUUUCAUAAUGUUUUUGACAGCAGAGCAGCAUUUAAAAACAAUUGUACUGCUUGGCAGGUGACCUGAAAGCACAUAAGCAUACAUCCUGUUCAUAUUUAUAAUAACCCAGGCAGACCUAGUAACAUUUCCCGUGUCAAGAUCUUCUAGGACUUGUUUCUGCAUAAAGUAGAGUUUGCAUGAUUGCAUGAUAAAAAUUGAAGAAGUGAUUCACUUCUAUAUGAAUUCAGUUUACACCACACCCAAAUGGAAUUGUAGGCCUAUAAAACUCUAUAUGAGGUCAUACACAUGCCAUGUGAAUAAUAUGCAAGUAUAAAGUUGAAUGGUGUCUGUCAAUAACUUCACAAGUGUGUGAAUUAAUAUUCUUUAUACACAUGUAAAAGACUAUUAAAAAUCACAUGUGAAAUAGAAGUUUCUGUUAUAGGUUCUCAUUUCCUCAGAAAAAUAUUCUUGACACAAGUGCAUCUUGUCUUGAAUUUAUAAACUUCCCAAAAAAGUACAUUGAGCCAUGUUUAUGUUUGAGGAACUGCAUGCAUAUAUUUGAAAAACGCACACCAUUGCCUGAAAAUUCAUGAAGAUGCUUGUGUUAAUUAAAAUGUGUGUGACAAUUGUGCACGCUAUUGAAAGGCAAAGAAGUGUUUCAGAAUAUUGAAGAAUCUGUACAGGAUAAGAAUGCUGAUGGUUACUGAGAAAUACAAUAAAAACAAGACAAAUAGAUUUUCACAUGUCUGGUUCCAAUGAAACUAUAUGAGUUUGUUUAAAGAAAAUUGUUAAUUGUUAGAUUUCUAAUAGACUGCUUCAGAAGCAUGCAAUUGUAGAUUAAUUAUGUAUGUGCAAGAAUGUAGAAUAUUAAUAUAUAUGCGGAUUUUUGUCCUAACUGAACUAUGAUCUCUUGGAGGCAUACUUAUGGCAAGCUAUAAUUAUGCAUUUGCAUAGGAAUAUUUUUAAGGUGACACCUGAAAUCUUAAAAAUGCAGCACUUGAGGACUCCGCCACCAUAUCUUGCAGCAUGGGUAAAUCCAGUCUUGAUGAGUCAUCUAGUUCUGCAGCAAUAGCACCAUGGAGUAUUUCUUAGCCAAGUGCAAAUGAAUGAGACAGCAGUGAUGUAUGCAACAUGUUCCUUGAAACCAGACUUCAUGAAUUUUAGAUAAAGUGCAAAGUUAAAGCCUGUCAUUCUUCAUGCAAGAUGGAUAGAUAAGUAAAACCAGCAAAGAUAAAGUCCCCAAUAAAUCUUAUAAUAAGCUGCAUUUUAGUCAGUGAGAUAUUCAUACUCUGCUCCAGGAGGACCUUGCUCCAUUUUCACUGCUGACGGUAUAUAUCUCCACCCACCCACCUUACCUGCCUGUACCAUCAAAAAAAUAUAUGCUGGGUUUUGUGACAUUAAAAUGAGAUCCUGCUGCUUUUAAAACAGACAUGAAAUACUGAAGUUUUGGAGCCUGAAUGUGCCAAUGAAAAAUUCAAUUGUAGCACCAAUUAACUUUUCAGAGUACUCUCUCAUGUAUGCAUGCUAAUUUAUUUUAGUAUAUGAGGAUGGGGCAGUAAUUCAUAUGGAGUUUUGUAAGAUGACACAUGCAAUGUAUUAAAUGUGUAUUUGUAAAACAUAACAAAAGUGUCUCUCUACUUGGAGGAGAUGGCCCAUUUUUAUUACAUGAGUAUAAUGAAGACAUAUAAGUAUGAAUUAGACCAUGGAAGCUCAUCAACAGUGUGUUUUUCACCGCCCAUAAAUAACUUUGGACAUACCCUCUAUGUUUGGGGAUGUGCAUCUUGAUUUGGUCCAUCUUCAUGAGGCUGAGUUGGAAAAUAUCAAAAAUUAUGUCCAUAACAUGAACUGCCUCAAGGCAGUAAGGUUGCUUAUUUGUUUAUGAUUUGUUUUUAUUGUUGUGUUUUAUAUUGCUUAUUGCCUGGGCUUGGUCCCAUAUAAGCCGCCCCGAGUCCCCUCAGGGAGAUGGGGAGGGGUAUAAAAAUAAAAUUAUUAUUAUUAUUACUAUUAUUAUUAUUGCUGUUACUGGUGGAGGUGAUGAUCUUAGAUGGGGGGAAAUGCACAUCUCCACAAACUGUUCUUCAAAAUGCAUUGUACUGGACAACAUGAUAGACAUUUCUUUAUUAAAUAAAGCCGUAAAAAACUGCAAUAACACUGGGGAAACUUGAUUGAGUUUUUAUGAUCAAUCCUGUUGUGUUGUGUUUGCUCUGUGUGAGUGUGUGUGUGUGUGUGUGUGAGAGAGAGAGAGAGAAAUGAGAAAGAGAGGGGGAACAAGCUUACACAUGCACAUAUCUUAACAAAGAGAAAAUAAACUAUUUUGUGAAACAACAGGAGCUUUAUGCAAAGUAUAUUUUGCAAUACCUUGAUGGGGAAAAGUGUUCCUCUUGUGGCAGAGACAAGAUCUGUUGAAGGGGAUGCCAAGUACUUGCAAUGCAGACUCUCAUUGUGGUGAGACAAUCAGACUGCAUAAAAUGUUGGAAUCAGCAGGAUUAUAUAUUCACAUUCCUACAUAAGCUACAGAAAAUGAUCCAACAUAGCAUGGAAUCCUAGAUAGGAGGGAGAGAAGAGACUACAUUGCAUUCAUUUCUCCACAUACUUUAAUGACCAAUCAGGACUUUCAUCACAUGCCUAUGGCUAGCAAUUUUUUAUUUCAUGGCUUGUGCACUAGUUGUAAGAAGAGGUGGAUUUUUGUGUACUAUAUUUUGCAGAGUUCUACCACAGGUGCACAGCUAAGUGUACCUGCUCAUGCUGCUGGAAGAAAUGAUUAACAUUUCAAAAUAUUGUGUGGGUGUAUGUGAGAGAAAAUGAAACAUAAUAAAUUCAAGUUGGAGAAUAGGUGUUAUUUUUUAAAAAUACAUUUUGAAUCCGUUAUGAGAUAUAGGAACAGGUAGAACUAGGCUGUGGCCUAUUUGUAGAAAAUUACAUUUUAUAUACAAAUGCAGAUGAUGGAGGGGAGAAAGGAAGGUCCAAAUAAUCCCGAAGUAAGCAUAGUGGCACAGUGUGUUAAAGCGCUGAGCUGCUGAACUUGCAGACCAAAAGGUCCCAGGUUCAAAUCCCGGGAGCGGAAAGAGCGCCUGCUAUUAGCCCCAGCUCCUGCCAACCUAGCAGUUUGAAAACAUGCAAAUGUGAGUAGAUCAAUAGGUACCGCUCCUGUGGGAAGGUAAUGGUGCUCCAUGCAGUCAUGCCGGCCACAUGACCUUGGAGGUGUUUAUGGACAAUGCCGGCUCUUCGGCUUAGAAAUGGAGAUGAGCACCAACCCCCAUAGUUGGUCACGACUGGACUUAACAUCAGGGGAAACCUUUACCUUUUAAGCAUAGUGCAAGAUAGAAAAGUCUGACCUUUUUGUUUUUUGUUUUUUUUGGGUUUUUUUUUGGUCAGGCUCAAUUUUGAUGUCAUUACGCUAUGCCUUGGUACAUCAGCUCUGUUUUGCUUAUGGUGAGAAUAGGCUCUCUUCCACAUUGUAACAAUUUGGCCACAACCUUUGACAUUGAAAAUACAACGUAGUCCACUGUUCAUGUUCUAGUUAACUUUAAUGAGUUAAACAACAUGAACAGCCAUUAUAUUCUAGCCCCAUUCCCAACAAGGGUAGAAGUUCAACUUACUUUAAAAUACAAAGAUAACAACAGUUCUUGCUACAGACCAUAUACAUCCUAUAUCUUACAUGAUUAUAUACCUGUCUAGGGGCAUGCUUCUUUGAAGUUCAAAAAAGAGGACCAUAACCUAUAACUGUUGUGGUGCUUAUGGUUAAAUGAGACCAUGUGUACAUGGACCACAUAACGUAGGCUCAUCUGCUGUGGGGAGUCCACAUGAUGUAUUGCUUGAUUUACAGCAUCAUUCAGCCAUUAAUUCAACUUAAGGAGAAACUAGAUAUACUUCAGAGCUUCCAGAGGUUUGGAGUUGCAGACAGUUGGAUUGAGUUGGAUCAACAGGCCCAUUGUAUUGCCAGCCACAAGCAAUUUCCUGGUAGAGGCAUGCUGGGGAAGUUGCUUCUGGUGAGUUCACAUCAGGGUAUCCAGCCAUGUGACUAGGAAAUCUGAGAUUACCAACAAACCUGGAACAAGGAGGUGCUUGUUAUCAGCAACACAGCGUCAACAGCCCAAAUGUUCUCUCUAGCACAUCUGAACAUUCAGAAGGCUCUGAAUACACUCCCAUAUUGGGGAGCUCUGGAGAGAUGUACCCUGGAUUAAUUAGGUAAGUCUAGACACAACCUGAGCUGGAAGUUGUGUAACCACAGCAAGUACAUUAAAAAGUGUUGGUUUUGACAUUUAAAGCCUUAACAUGGUUUGGGUACAGGUUACCUACAGGACCAUCUUCUCCUGUACAGUCUGCCCCAAACACUUAGGUCCUGUGGGGUGGCUACUCCAGCCAGCCAGAACCCUACUGGCAACCAUAACCCAAAAGACCUUUUCAUUGGCUACCCCAGGAGCCCCUGGUAGCGUAAUGGGGUAAAGCCUUGUAACCUGAAGGUUGGGUUGCUGACCUGAAGGCUGCCAGGUUCAAAUCCCACCUGGGGAGAGCAUGGAUGAGCUCCCUCUAUCAGCUCCAGCUCCAUGCAGGGACAUGAGAGAAGCCUCCCACAAGGAUGGUAAAAAACAUCAAAAACAUCCGGGCGUCCCAGGGCAACGUCGUCAUCAUCAUCAUCAUCAUCAUCAUCAUCAUCACCAUUUCUUUUUAAAGGUUGUCAGUGUAUCCUACACCACAAGACCUACACAUUGGGCUGUCUUUUCCUCGAUUGUUUUGUUCGUAAAUGAGUUUACUGUUAAAUAUAAACAUCUAAGAAGUGAUUGUCCUUCCACUAGAAUGCUGUUCAGGUCUAGGUUUUCUAAUACUGUACAAUUUCAAUCUUCACACAGUACUGGCUUAAAAUACUUCACAUUCCAUGUUAUAUUAAUGGCAAUAAAUGAAACUGUAGCUGGGUAAUAAUAGGUUUUAUUCCAGCCAAUAAUAAAUUUCACUAUAUUUGUAACAUUUUGUUAUGCCAUCCUCCUUGGUUUUUAUUUAGGUUUGCUUACCUGCCAUGUGGAUCAGAGUCCCCUUUCCUCUAUUAUCUUAUACAAUUGAACUGUUUAAGGAAUAUUUUGAUUAUUUCUGAUCUUCAAGUUAUGCACAUAAAUAAUUAAAUUGACCUACAUUGUUCAGAGACAAAGGGGCUAUUAAUCCUGGGAACAGGCAAUGUCUCUAGAAUCAAUUAUUUUUGUAGAUAGUGGGUAUAUUUAUGUGUAAAUCCUCCAGAACUGGAGUCCCUAAACUUCUGAAAAACACAUUAAAGCAUCUAAUACCAAAAUCAGGCUGCAUCUUGAAACAAACUGUGACUAUAAAAGUCAAAUAUCAAUUAAGAAUUGUUAAUCUGAAUGUAACCCAUUUUGGAAUAGUGCUGAGAUAGUAUGGUCUUAUUUAGCUAUCUCUACAGUGCCACCCUCAUAUCUGUGAGGGAUACAUUACUAAACUUACCAUGGAAACAGCCUGGAUACCAUGGAUAAUAGCAAACUCUGUUAAAAGGAAUGACUUCCACCAGAAUUUCCCUCCUGGCCUUUAGAGAGAAAAAACAACAACAUGGCUUUGGAAUCAGACUUUUGGUCAAAAAUAGGAGCAGUGCAAAAAUCGACUAUAAAUUAAUUUAAUGAUGACCUGGACUGGCCUUGGAAUAUGUCCUAGUUCAUGUAAUUUCAAUUCUUGUUUUACUGUGUUUAAAUUGUUUAAUUAUGUUUUAAUUGGUUUGUUUUAAUGUUUUUGUUUAUUAAUUGAUGUAUGUAUACGUGCAGCAUUGAAUUGUUGCCUUUGUAAGACCACCUUGAGUCCCCUUCAGGAUUGAGAAAGGCAAGAUACAAGUAUGGUAAAUCUAUACAUAUAAUAAAAGUGAAAAUGUGUAUGUGUAUAUGUGGCGGCAUGUCCACUUUCACAGACAGCCUCCCACCUUCACAACAGGUUAUAGUUCCCAUUGAGCAGGAGACACCCAUGGUCCUCCCUCCACUGACAUUGCAGGCUCCUAGUGAGCACCAUAAACAUAUAUUCCUGUCAGUCUCCUCCACAAACACCACCCAAGUGAAGGCUUUCAUGCAGGGACAAUUUCAUCCUAGAUGUCCUAGAUGUACUUUGUGAAGGCGAAGAGCCCUAUGCAGGAAAAUUCAAAAGGCCCUGCCCUAAACUACAUUUCCCAGAAUUCUGCUCAGCAUCAGAAAGCUCCAAUCAGGAAAGGGGAGAGAUUUGUCCCUCCGUAGCAGGAGCCAGCCAGAGUUUCAAUGAGAAGGGUGGAAUGAUCUGUGCUGGGCUGGGAAGAAAUCCCUAAAUUGAAGUUCUGUUGGUUAAUAUGAAAGACAUUUAAUGAGAUAGCUGUUGCAGCUAUUUUUUUUUUUAAAAAAACAUUUAGUCCAAACUUUUAAAAAUUCCUAAAUUCAGUAAAUGUAUGAAUAUUUCUGAAAGUUGGAGGAAUUAUCCUGUUAUCUUGUGUCAUUGUGUAGAAAAUUCAAGGAGAUAGCUCUUGUUUUUUUUGAAAAUGUUGUUUGUAAGAUUUUGAAAAUUCCCCAAAAAUCUGUGAAUAAGUGAAACAUUCUGAAAUUUGAUGGGCUAACAGUGAUAAAUGUGUACUACCAUUGUAGCAAAUUUUACCCAAAUAGCUGCAAAAUGAGGGAGAAAGGAGCCCCUGAAGUUUCCCCACUUGCGCAAUUACUAUAAUGAAAAAAACCAUGAAAGUUUUUACUAACAAUAGUUUAAAAAUACUUUAGAAACAAAAUGCCAGCAACCCUCAGUUUGUAAUAAGUUUUGAAACAUUUUUAAUCUGACACACAUGCCUAGUCUUUAGCAUUCUGUUCCAAUAAAUGCCGGUGUCUCACCAAGCAACAAAUCCCACAAUUCCAUAGCACUGAGCCAUGACAGUUAAAGUGGUGUCAAACUGCAUUAAUUCUAUAGACUCUGAUAAUACUACUCUUCUGUUGUCAUUUUUGAAUCCCUACCCCACCCCCAGUGUUCUUCCUACCUAUUACCGGAAGAGGCAAUGAUAGUAGAACUCUUGCAUAUAGAGAGAGAUCCAUACAUUUACUUCUGAGAUGCCUGAAGUCAGCAAAAGCAUUAAAACAAACAAGCAAACAAAAAUUCCAGACAAAUCAUAGAUGCCGUCUUUUAAGUAUAUUCAUCAUUUUUUCGUAGCUAAGAAAAUUGGUGUGAUAUCUGAUUUUCAAGGUCGAAUGAGAAGGUUGUAAAUUGCUCAAUUAAAAUAUUAUCCUCUGGGGAUAUGGUUACCAGAUGCUUUCUUUUCUUAAUAGAUGUCACUCAUGUAAGAGGGCUCUCCCUAAUUUCUGUUCAGUGGUUUGUCACAUACAUAGAAUUUAAAUUGUGCUUAAGGUAUUGAAAAAGUUCCUAGUAAGUAGGCAUAUCAAAGGUCUGCUUUUUGGGAGUUAAAAGUUUCAUGGGGCUAGUUUGGAAUUUAUUAUCAUCUUGAUAUGGGCUCUUUUAUUCAGUACAAUAACAGCUCCCCCCCCCCCCCCCACACACACCCCGAUCUUAGAAGAAUUUUUUUUUUGGACUGUAGUACUUCAAGUCCUUCAGUCAAAUAUGGUGAUUUAGGAAUUGGACUCCAAAUAUGAAUAUUAUCAGGCUCUUUUUUUGUUUCACUGCCACAUUUUCCUGUCUUCAUAAGAAUAAUAUAUCAGACAUUGGUCAUCACAUAAACAUCUAGGAAUCACUAUUGUAAUUUUGACCUAAAUGUGCUGAACAGAUAUGCAUGGAUAUGGCAGAGAUGUGGCAACUGUGGCUAAUAAUGCUGUAAAGGUCCAUAAGGAUUAUAGGAUGUUUUCGGGAUUUCUAGCAAUGAUUAGAGAAACAAGCAACAGGAGCCUGUUGGUGAAGUGUGGUACCUGAUUACAUAGCUAUUUCAAUGCACAGUUUUUAUCCCUAGUAAUUACCUUGAGAGUAGAAUUGCCUUCCUUCAAUGACUGCAGCAAGACAAAAGGCAAAAUAACAUUGAUACUUAACAUUUAUAAGGGCUGUCAUUAGGCAUACUCACAUGGCUUGCAAAUUUGCCUCAUUAUGUCUCAGAUGUAGAAAGUGUUAGAGACUAGGGACCUCAUCAGACACAGAAAGAGGAGCACCGUCUCCUUGCUUCUCUCCACUGUCAGAAUGGAGUCGCACAUGAUGCCGGGCAACCUAUGUUGGGACUCCAUGGGGCUUUGUUUCAGCAAUGGAGAGAAAUUGAGAUAAUGCUCCUGGAGGAGUUGGGUGUUACCCCACUCCUCAUUGAAGAACACAAAAAGGUAGUGGGAAAAGAUAGAUCUGAAGGGGAAAACAACAUGGGAAUACAGAAGAUGGACCCCGAUGGGAGGGAACUGAGCCUGGUGGUUCCUUUUCAGUGCCUUGCUUUACCCCGUUCAUCUGAUGAGGUCCAAUGAGCAAGCCAAGAAGCCACCAUGACAAUAGUAGCAAUCGAUAGUAGGACUGAUUUUGCUUCCCUUGAUAUUGAGUGUCAUAACAGAGCUCCUUCAGUUGCUCUCACCUUUUGGAAAAGUGAAGACAUGUGGAUGUAGAAAACAUUAAAGACCAGCAUGUAAGUAUUGUCCUCUGUUGGACAUCACAUUUAUUUCAAAGGAUACACUCAGUCCUCCAUAUCUACGGAUUUUCAUCCAUGGAUACAACCAACCAUGACUUUAAUAUUAAAAAAUCCCAAAAGGAAAGUUUUGUUUUCCAUUUGAGAUACCAUUUGAUUACACCAUUGUACAUAAUGGGACUUGGAAUUCAUGAGUGCUGAAGAGGAUAUCAAGGGCCCACUGAAUACACAAAGAAUAAUGGCCUUUUGUGCUUCUGUAGUCUCUUCCUGUGAGUUAUCUCUUUAUCUCUAUUCACUGUUCCCUACUAUUUGUUGUUUAUCUUUUCUGCCCCAUUUACAAGUUGAAACUUUCAGAUGUGUUGAAUUAUAAUUGCUGUCUUUUCAGGGUGGCGUAGGACAGCAGUGGAAGGAGAAGGAAUGGGAGCUGGGAUCUAAUCAUAUAAGAUGAAAAAUGAGGAAAAGCUACCUUAGUCUUUAAAGCUGUUGAGAGACCAUUGUCUUUAAUCUUAAAUCAUUGUAUGGUGACUGUAUAUUCCAGGCACAUUGCAAAUACUGAUGAUCAGUAAAGUUAGUCAAGUUUCCAGAACAAACAGAAAAAAAAGAAUUUCCUUGGUAUUCCAUUCCAAGACAGAUAGUUCCUAAAGAUUACAUCUACAGCAGGGAUCCAAUAGGUGCAAUCAUUCCAGGUUCUAUGCCAUGCUUCCAGGCAACUGGAGAAACUCUGCAGUUAGGGGGAGAAAUAGCAAUUUGAGUGUGCUUUAGGGGAUAUGAAGCUGUUGCAGGUCAGAGAAAUUUCAUUAUUCAUAUUGCUUUCCACAUGUCCAUCUCUAGUGAAAAGGGCUUUCUAUAUCUGAUUCUUUAGAUUAUGUAUACCCUACCUUGUACGAGCCCCAAUAAAUACUUAGAAAGGCAUAUGUAAUAUAUCCAUAAUGAGAUAUUCAGGCCUGGCAUGAGACAUUUGUGGUGGGAAGACCAGUGUAGGUAGGCACAAGGGAAGCAGUUUUAUAUUAGACUAAUCUGUCCAUUUAGCCUAUUCAUGAUUUUUCUACCCCACAGUAGUCCAAAGAGGAAUGAAAACUGACUGCAGACACAUUUCAAUUCCAUCACCUUUGAGCCCAUGAAGUUUUUUUAAAUACCAACAUUGUCCCCAAAUGCCCGUUAGAAUCAAAACAACAUCACUGGUGCACUGAGAAAUACCAAUGUGGCCCAUGGGGAAAAUCAUGCAUGGAAUCUGUCUAUUGUGUUGUCGAAGGCUUUCAUGGCCAGGAUCACAGAGUUGUUGUAUGUCUUUUGGGCUGUGUGGCCAUGUUCCAGAAGUAUUCUCUCCUAAAUACUUCUGGAACAUGGCCACACAGCCCGAAAGACAUACAACAACCAAAUCUGUCUAUUAUUUCCCCCAAAAUUGUUGCUAUUGUUGUUGAUAUCUCAUCUUUCUCUGAACAUUAAGAACAUUUCAAACUCUGGAGCUCUGGUCGCUGUUCUCUUUGCUCUAAAGAAAUGUGUCUCCAUUCCAGCCUUCAAGUACACAAAGAUCGAUAGCCUGAAGGAGUUUUCUGAUUUAUAGCUAGCACACUUCCAUAGUUUCUUAGCCAGUGAUUAUAUUGUUUAAUCAUACAUACCCACAGCAUUGUUAGUGCUAGCAUAAAUGAAGGUGAGUUGCAGAUCUUCCUCUUAUGUGUUUGGAAAAUUUAAGGCCCGUGAAAAAUUAAUCAGAGGCCAAAAACAGAGAGGGAAAAAUAUUGCCAGCUCUGUCAAGAGAGAGGUUUUUCUUCUUCUUUUUGAAAUACAAGUUAUUAAUUUAUAUGUGUUUACACAGUGGGUCAACCUUAGCAUCUGUUUAUAUGUGACCCAUAAAAGGCUAUUACCCAUUAUUUAUGUGCCCCAUAUACUUGCCAUGGAAUUAAAUUAGUGUAUUUAUAUGUUUUGAAAUUUCUUGUAGACAGGAACCAAGAAGAUAAGUAAACCAAUUGAAGUUAAUGGCCGGGCACUUUCUGUGUCCCCUCCAAGAAGCUUUUGUAGAAUAUACAAAUUUCAAGUCAAUGUUUCAUUGAGUGUAUCAGAAGUGUGUGUUCAUGAGAGAUUGAUUUUCAGACAUUAGGAUUCCUUUAACAAUGGAUAAAUCCAAAUGGGUUAAAUAUAAUGCUAACUGUGUGUGAGAGCAUAUGGUUGUUCUCACAAUUUUAUUGUCCAGUCAAAUAAUAUAUGCACACAUCGAAAGGAAUAAGGACUGUAUAUAUUUGUGUAAAGUUGAAUUGCCUGUUUUUGUCUCCCAGAAUGAAAUGCUUAAAGAACCAGUCAUUUGGAAUGACUCUCCAUGGUACCAUUUCUCCAGAGUAAAGAUCUGUUGAGUUUUCAUUUUCCCACUGGAUAUGGGAUGGCAGCCAAAGUCAUACUUAUAAGAGACUAACUCCCCCAAUGCACACACACAUUUCUAUGUGGCUUUUUACCUCCAUGGAAAUGGAAUUGUAACAUAUCAAAUACAGUAGACCCUUGACUUACAAGUGUCUCAAGUUGCAAGCUUUUUGAGUUAUGAACCGUCGUUUGUACCAUUUUUAUUUCAUAUGCAAGCCAGAUCUGAGUUAUGAUCAUCUCCCAGGAUGGUGGCUAUGCCAGGAGACUCAGGUGGAGAGAGAGUGGCCAGAGCAUCCACCCACCAAUGGACUCCACUGUCACUUGACCCCAGAGCAGGCCACACAAGGCUGGCGAGGGAGCUAGUGGAGAGCUCCAUAGCAGCAAGAAGAGCUGGAGAUGGUCCUGAAGGCUGGCCAAGCUCACAGAGAGAGAGGGAGGGAGGAAAAAAGGGAGGGGUCUUGGCACAGAUAACUGGAGGUGUUUCUCUCGGUCUCUAUCCCUAAAGGGAGGAGGGUGGUAGAGAACCCAAGAGGGAGCUGUUCAGGGAGGGAGGGGGGAGGGAGGAAAGACCUUGGCAAAUGGGCUUAAUUUGUUCUAUGACCGAGUUUCAGUACAUAUCAGUGGGAAAAUUUGCUUUCACAUACACACAAAUUAAGUUACAGGCUUGGUCACAGAACAAAUUAAACUCGUAUGUCAAGGUAUCACUGUGCUGACAAGCUUAAUUUUGCAUAAGCUGUUGUGAAUGACAGUCUGAAGAGAAAAGCAAGGCAAACAUGAAGAAAGCCAUCCAGUUAUAGUAUCAUAGAGUUGAAAGAGACCUCGAGGGUCAUCCAGUCUCUGUUUAAAAACAGAUGUUUCAGAAUGCUGUGGAACCGUAUUUCAUAAGAUCAAGUAAUGUGAGUAGAUAUGUUAAAUAAACAUUUUAAAAAUACAACAAUUUUGGAGGAGUUACUAUUUGAAGUAUUGGGUGUCUGUGUGGAUUCACCAUGCUUUUGCAAAUUCUUAUGUAACUAUGUAGAGAGCUUUCCUUAUCAUAACAAAAAGAGCAUUCUGUUGAAGAAUGGAGGGGCAAACUCUAGUGAAAUGGGUGAUGGAAUAGAUAAUGUUUCAAUUGUAGCCCAAGAUCAGACCAUAAUGUGGAUGUGCAUCCCCAGAAAUGUCUCAUUUUGUUUAAUGGUGUAUCCCAAACCUCCACAAAGUCCUUGUUCACAUAUUCAUACAUACUUCCUGUUGUGUAUCUGUAUAUAUAUAUACAUUUUCUCUCUUUCUUCCUUCAUUUUUAGACACAUUUAGAUUGGCCUAGAUUGAACUGCUGCUUAUCCAAAGGCAUAGUCUGUAACGUGUCUUCCCACCUAUUAACCAUUGCAGCCCAUGUUCUUAGUAUCUCUCUUUGCCCUGCAGUCUCUCUCAUCUUGCUCAUGUCUAGCAUCACAAUUAGGCUUGGAUGAAUUUCUCUAUGAUGAGCUUUGCAUAUUAACAGAUCUGUUACAUCAAAUAUUUGCAUUAGUCUAAGACAUUUUUAAAAAGAGCCAAGCACUGAAAUUUUCAUUUCUUUUGGUAUAUGUUGUCAUAUAUAUAUAUGUGUCAGAACCCUGCUACUAGAGCCUGGAUGUGGCUCUGAGUUUCAGGGUCACUGACAUUGAUAAGACACCUGCGUCCCAGGACUCGGAGGAGAAACGGCUGAUGGACUUGGCGGGGAAUUUGCGCGGGGUUUUACUGAGCGGGAAGAGACUGUUCAAAUGAGGGGGAGGGUAUAUAAAGGAGGGUUGGCCGGAGCCUCCCAUUCUUGGCUUUUCUGAUGUUCAUGUUUCCUACAGUAAAAGUUCCUGGUGAUACCACAAAGAGUCUCGUGUGUUCAUUCAGGAGCGGCUGUGGUGAGCUGACACUAAGCCAAGAAUACGGACACCAUCCCGCUGUAGCGGUGAGGUGUAACAUGCAAGUGGAGGAUGAAGAGCUCUUGGGCGCCGGAGGAGGAAGGUCGGAAAGGGCCACUCCCGAGACGGACGCUGAGUUCCACCAGCUGGCGGCCCUGGCGUCAUCCACCGCUUAUGCCCAGCCAAAUGGGGUAACCCAGAGGCGCGGAGUGGUGCGGGGAGAUAGCACCGGAGGAGAGGAAGGUUCACCUUCCCCAGGCCCGCAAAAGAUGGUGUUUCUGGAGGAGAGGAUGUCGGCGAUGGAGACCACCCUGGCAGUGAUGUCGAGGGCGAUGGAGCGCCUGGCGGUUUUGGCGGAGCCGGAGCGAGGAAGGGAACUCCGGGCUAGCUCAAUGUGGGACGUGAGCAUGGGAAGCAGCCAGGGCUUUGCAGACCUCCCAGCACCGAAGGGAAGGGAAAUGCGAAAGGAGCCCGGUGCCCGGCCCAAGAUCCAAACGAGCCUGACGCGGGUGGAGGAGAGUGACGACGAAGGGGAAAAGCCUCCGAGAAUCCCGGCUACGCUCCCAACUGAGACCCUGGUGCCCCUGGCGAAUGCCGGGCGUGGCACAGGACAAAGGGAAGCAGCAGCGGGGCCCACUGGCCCGCAAGGGGGCUUGCGACGGGCGGAGGAUUGGGGAUUGCCACCACAGGGACCCCUACCGAGACGAGAGGAACUAAGGAUCGAGUUUGGGGGAGAGUCCUCUGAACUGGAUUUUUUCCUGACCACGGUGAGGGGCUAUAUGGAGGACAAUGCCCACACUUUUAGAACGGAAUCCAGCCGGGUACGGGCCAUUGGUGCAGUGUUGAAGAGGGGAGCGGCCAGCUGGUACGUUCAACUACACGCGCGGCGCGACCCAUGUCUGGGGUCACUCCGACGCUUUAUGGGGGCCCUGGAGACCCGUUUCCGAGAUCCACUGGAGCAGAUCCGGGCGAGGGAGGAGUUGAAGACCGUCUCCCAGGGGCAGAGGUCGGUAUCUGAGUAUGCGGAGGAGUUCCAAUGCCUCGCUGAAAAGGUGCCGGAAUGGUCUGCAGUGACAAAGAUAGAACUCUUCAAAGAGGGGCUCAGGCGGGAGAUCCUCUCCUGGGCGGUGCAUCGUGAUGAGCCUGACACACUGCGCGGAUGGAUUCAGCUGGCGGGGCGCAUCGAGACAUCGCUGGCCCAGGCGAGGAGGCACCGAGGAGGGCUACAGCAGCGGCCGCAGAUGAAAGAGGGGAGCCGGAAGGAGGGAUCAACCCCAGCCGGGAGGAGAACGGAGCCGACAGGGAACGUGAGCACCAGCAGGAGGGGCUGCUUCGUGUGCGGCCGUUUGGGCCACAGGGCUGCCGAGUGCUGGCAGAGAAAAGGGGAAGGCGGAGGCCCGCCCAAACCAAGAGCCGUGGCAGGGAAACGCGCCGAGGAAGAACCACCGAUGAGGCACCACUCGGGGGGGUUGGACGAAGGGGAGGAGGACGCCAUGUCAGAACCCUGCUACUAGAGCCUGGAUGUGGCUCUGAGUUUCAGGGUCACUGACAUUGAUAAGACACCUGCGUCCCAGGACUCGGAGGAGAAACGGCUGAUGGACUUGGCGGGGAAUUUGCGCGGGGUUUUACUGAGCGGGAAGAGACUGUUCAAAUGAGGGGGAGGGUAUAUAAAGGAGGGUUGGCCGGAGCCUCCCAUUCUUGGCUUUUCUGAUGUUCAUGUUUCCUACAGUAAAAGUUCCUGGUGAUACCACAAA